GUACCUGACUAAACAAUUGGGUUAUUCUUUAACUGCGGGAGAAGUGCCUGUAUUCCCUUCACGCAAGCUCCCUACUGGCUUUCUGCAUCCUUAAUUCAUUGGAGCCGUUUCUCCCUCCGUCUUCCUCCCGUUACUUCUUUAUUUUUUUCUUAUUUUUUAUUUAUUUUUUUGAUCGUUAUUCACCCCCCAAAUCUGUGCUGCAUCACUGGCUCUCAUUAUGCUGUGCUCAGUAGCCCAGUGUGUUCUCCGCCUCUGCUAGGCAGUGGCAGCAUGGAUGGUGCUCUUGUGACGACCUCUGCUGAUGCUAUCAGUCCACUGCGGAUAGGCAUGCUGAGUAAUCCUGCUGUAAAUGGGCGAGGACACGGACACACGAAAAAUUAACCACAGCUUUCUUCGAGACCACAACUAUGUGACUGAAGGGAAAGCUAUAAGGAAGCUUGUGCGCAAGGCGACUGUGGUGGCAUCUAGAAUCCUCAGAUAUCCUUGACUGAAUUCAUCUGGUUUUAGCCCUAAAUAUAGUAGACAAGCUGCACUGCUUGCACUGAUAGAUUAUAUCUUCCAAAUGAUAGACCAAGCUGAUAUUAUUUCUACAGUUGAGUUCAACCACACUGGAGAACUGCUGGCUACUGGUGACAAGGGGGGUCGGGUUGUUAUAUUCCAAAGGGAACCUGAGAGUAAAAAUGAGCCUUACAAUCAGGGGGAGUACAAUGUUUACAGCACUUUCCAGAGCCAUGAACCAGAAUUUGAUUAUUUGAAGAGCUUGGAGAUAGAAGAAAAAAUAAACAAGAUCAAGUGGUUACCACAGCAAAAUGCAGCUCACUCGCUUUUAUCAACAAAUGAUAAAACAAUCAAGUUAUGGAAAAUUACUGAAAGAGAUAAGAGACCAGAGGGGUACAACUUAAAAGAUGAAGAAGGAAAACUUAAAGAUCUUUCUACAGUAACAUCACUACAGGUGCCUGUACUGAAACCUAUGGAUUUGAUGGUAGAAGUCACUCCCCGGAGAAUCUUUGCUAAUGGUCACACCUAUCAUGUCAACUCAAUAUCUGUCAACAGUGACUGUGAGACAUACAUGUCAGCAGAUGAUCUCAGGAUUAACCUCUGGCAUUUAGCAAUCACGGAUAGAAGCUUCAACAUUGUAGAUAUAAAGCCAGCCAACAUGGAGGACCUAACAGAAGUGAUUACAGCCUCGGAGUUUCAUCCCCAUCACUGCAAUCUCUUUGUCUACAGCAGCAGCAAAGGCUCCCUGAGACUCUGCGACAUGCGGGCAUCAGCACUCUGUGACAAACAUUCCAAGCUUUAUGAAGAACCAGAAGACCCCAGUAACAGAUCAUUUUUUUCAGAAAUUAUCUCUUCAGUGUCAGAUGUCAAAUUCAGUCACAGCGGUAGAUAUAUGCUAACAAGAGAUUACCUCACUGUCAAGGUUUGGGAUCUGAACAUGGAAACAAAGCCUGUAGAAACAUACCAGGUCCAUGAUUACCUUAGGAGCAAGUUGUGUUCCCUCUAUGAAAAUGACUGCAUCUUUGACAAGUUUGAAUGUGCAUGGAAUGGAUCGGACAGCGUCAUCAUGACAGGUGCAUAUAACAACUUUUUCCGAAUGUUUGACCGAAACACCAAGCGGGAUGUUACCUUGGAGGCAUCCCGAGAGAGCAGCAAACCACGAGCUAUCCUUAAGCCCCGGAGAGUCUGCGUCGGUGGCAAACGGAGGAAAGAUGACAUCAGUGUUGACAGUUUGGACUUUACGAAGAAGAUCUUGCACACGGCGUGGCACCCAACCGAGAACAUCAUUGCUAUAGCAGCGACAAACAAUCUGUACAUAUUUCAGGAUAAAGUGAACUCAGAAAUGCACUAGAUUUAUCAAUAUCCCUCUCUACUUACAAACCAGCCUCUUGAGAAUUGUAGAAGGAUGUGAUCCUCACAAAAAUUGUGGCUUCUGUGGUGGGAUUUGUAGGUUGCAUCCUUUCAUCCCUCCGCCUGUAUCAUUAUUGGUGGCAAGCCAACUAUUUUCCAUCACUGCAACUGUAUAAGUAAAAGGCACGACUGCAAAUCCAGUACUGUGGUCUGUAUCGGUUCCUUUACCAAACAGGGGUAUUUAUUUAUUUGGGGAGCGUUCCUGAGGAGGGCUGAGACUCCUCAACUCCUGACAGUCCUUUUGAGGGUCUCAGUGGUUCACAGGACCACGCUGUUCUGGUGCACUGCCUGCUUUUGCAGUCCACGGCAUUUACCACAUUGUUAGAGCCUUUUGCUUUAUUUUAUUUUACUUUUUUCAAGUAACAUUUUUCUGUCUUUCAACCAAGCCAAGUCUGUUUGUGAGUCAAUGAACGAAUAGCUGCAUCCCUUUAGGCCACAUGGCACGGUGGAAGGGCCUCCAAAAGUCCUGCUGGUGAAAGGCUGUCCUGUCUCACCUGCCUUGUUCCCUUCUUUAUGACAUCUCUUCAGUAUUUAGUCACAUUACUAACUGUGUGCUUUAACUUCCCAAGUGAAUAAGUGACAGACUGAUAGAGCUAGCCAGCGUAUUUUAAGAAGUUCAUUCUCCAUCAAUCUCUUUGCUCUGUUUAAAACAAUAAUUAGCAUCCUCACCAGGUGGAGGACUAUUUAAGACCUUGGUAUUACUACUCCACGGGGGCUGGCUGUUCAAACACAGCCUGGCAGAGUUAAUACAUAAACCCACACCAUUGUUUGGGGUUUUGGAGUUCUGGAAGUCUUGGCUAAAAAUACCAGUGGAAGCAAAGUUGCAUCACUUCUAGACACCUCAGAAAAUCCCUUGUUUGCUUUUUGCAGCACAAUUGUUUUCAUCCUGGCAUUUGGGGAACACAGACAAUGCCACGAUCUCUGUCACUAUAAAAAAAAAAGGUACUGUGAGAUGUAGCAUUGCUCAGUGAAUUUUAAAGUUUUUAAGUCCACUGCUAGAUGACAAAGGUAUUUCUGGAAAAACAGGAAAACACAAACCCUCCAAACCAAACCUUCUUCCACGUAAAUACAUUUCUGUGAAAUCUAGCUCUAAGAGAGAUCUAUCACUAUUUCCAAAUGAAUAGUGAUGGAAAUGGCAAGUGAAAGUACAAGGAAUUGAUGUACCUCAUUCGGGAAGUUUAUGGGAAAAGCGUAGUGGGCAGGAAGUCCUCUUCAUCCAGGAGAAAAUUGUCUGCCUCCCUAAUAGCUCUGGCAGAAAAAUUGAUAUCCCAAAGGAUUUCUUAGAUCACGAAUACAAGAGCACAACUGAGAUGACCUGUUUAUCUGCCCAUAUUAAAACUCCUCAGAAAAAAAAAAAAAAUAAAAAUCUUUAAGCCAUUAUGCACUGAUUUCUUUGGUGAGUGAAGAAUGUACUGAUAAAGAGAUCUGCAUGCUUUUGUAUUUGGGUUUGGGAGAAAGGGUGGGUGAAAAAUCUGCUUACAAGAAGUAGAAAAACCAAGUCUACAGCUCUUUUAUAGGACGUCUUAAUGCAGCGCGUGAAAUCUGUAUGUUUGAAGUUUUCUACAUCAACGCUGUAAAUUUUGUGUGUAGAAGCACAAACGCAUGUGCAUCAGUUUCCAGCCAUACUAAACACAUACGGUAUGAAAUGUGUAGGUUAGUUUUAAAGGGAAUGAGGAAUGUUUGUUUAUAAAAUACUGUAUGCUCUAGCAGGCAUGGACAGUAUAUGUACAUAUUUAUUCUAAUGAAAUUUAACAAAACUGCUUUUUUUUUUUUUUCCUUGUAAAAAGGUUUAAGAAUGUGGUAAAUUGUAUAGAAAAAUUGCUAAUGCCAAACUACUGCUUCAAGGGUGUCAUACGAUUUCUUUGACUUUUGGCCUCCUCAUUAAUCUUUGCAGCUCAAAAAAUAAAGAUUAAAAAAAAAUGCUAUGAGCGCAUAUUGGCAUUUACAGCUAGAAGUACUGUAGAACAUAUAUUUAGCUUUUAACAUUCUCAAGUAAGAGUCUAUAGAUAACAUUAUAAAGCAGAUCUUAAUACAACUUUUUUUCUUUCUUUUUCUUAAUUUGAAGUACCUUACUCUGUUACAGCACUGGGUACCAAAAAGAUCUUGUUAAAAUUAAAUAAGUAAAUAUAUCUUUGGAGCUUUAUAAAACUAAUGAACUACCCAACCAAAAUACCAUGAAGUGAUUACAGAGGAAAUAAAUAGAAAUCUUUCAAAGACCAGUAUUCCCUUCACGUCUUUGACUUUGCUACUACAGCUCGGUUUCCUGGUCUUCUUGAAUGUAUGGAAAGUUAACAUCGUCAUUGUGAACGUUUCCAACUUUCUUUCUCUUUUUAGUUUGAGCUUUCAGUGGUGUAGAGUAAGUGAUGGUAAAGUUGGUAAAUCUGAUUGUUUUGAAAGCUGUUGUUCAUGGCUGCAUUCUUUGUGUUGCACA